UAUUAUUGUUAUCCAUCCAUUUUCUUCUGCUUAUCAAGGACUGGUUUACCCGGGCAGCAGCCUAAGCAGAGAAGCCCACAUCUCCCUCUCCCCAGCCACCUCCUCCACUUCUUCUGGGAUAACACCAAGACAUCCUCAGGCCAGCUGAGAGAUAUAGCCUCUCCAGAGUGUCCUGGGUCUGCCCUGGGGCCUCUUUCUCCUUUUCUCAUCAGCCUCUCUUCAACGUGAAGGAAUAGCAGUUCUACUCUGAGCCCCUUUUGAGUAGCUGAACUCCUCAGCCUGUCUUUAAGGGAGAGGCAACACCCUUAGAGAAAGCUCAUUUUUUUUCAUCUGUCAGUCCUCUGCUCACCUGUCCCCAAACUCCUAAACGAGACCCAGAGAAGAUUAAACUCCUCCGCUUGAUGCUGCAAGUCAUUGUUUUUUCUUGUCUUUUUCUCAACAUUUUCCGAUAAUUCUAAAAAUAUAUGUACAACAGUUUGUUUGUACAGUCAGCAUUUGUAUAUAUACAGCAGUAUUCUCAAACAAGCAAUAGUGAACGCACCUGUGUGAGGCAAAUUCCACAAUCACAGUUCAAUCAGUCCCCCCACCCUGACACUUUUUUCCGCUUUAAGUGAGGAAAUGGAAUUAAAUCUGGACACAUCUUUAUCUUUUUUGGACAUAUCAACAUAUCUUUUUACGGUUAAGAGAAUAUGGUCAUCAGAUUGGAGAAGCUGAACAAUCAGAGCUGUGAUAAUGAUAUUUAAGGUGUGUUGACUGGUUCAUAAUGUCAGCUCAUGUCAGAAAACAUCCCAUGCUAAAAGUUGCCACUAGCUGCUGGUUGAUGGUGAAUUUAUUGUGUAUUUUCCACAGUCUGUACAGAUGAAGAGUAGCAGAGCUGGAGAUGAGGCAGGAGGAAGUGUUGACUCAAUUCAAUUUCAGUUUAUUUAUAUAGCGUUAAUCACAACAACAGUCACCUCAAGACACUUUAUACUGCAAGGUGGAGGCCCUAUUGUAAUACAGAGAAAACUAAAUGAUCAAAAAAAACCCUUUUGAGUGAGCACUUGGUGACUGUGGGAAGGAAAAACACCAUUUUAACUGGAAGAAACUUCCAGCAGAACCAGGUAUAGGGAGGGGCAGCCUCUGAGGACUGGUUGGGGUUGAGGGGAGGGAGAAAGGACAAAGGACACGCUGUGGAAGAGAGCCACUCUAUGAGCUGUUCAUUCAGUUUGUGGUUUAGCUUGACUCCAUGACGUUUCGAACUAAUGCUUUGCUCAAUUAAUGUUGCAAUGAAUUAUGGGUGGAUUUUACUGAUAUUCUAUCUUUAUGUUGUCACCAAACAGAUCUACAGAUUUGGGAUAAGCUACAGGCUCCUCCACCCCUGCUGGCUCUUCUGUCCUGCCCAGGUUGGCGCUCCUGGUGCCCCCUCGUCAGGUCCAGCAGUCCUACCGUCCAUCCAACAGCUCCUUCUCCCCUCUUACAGCCUCUAUGGGAGCUCCAUCUGUGGUGGCUACAGGCCUUACAGCUACAGCUAUGGUGGCGGCUAUGGUGGUGGCUACAGCCUGGGAGGAUACAGACACACACCUCACCUUGAAGACGUCCCCCCCAGCAGACACUAACUGGGCGAGCGAGGAGGACGACCACGUGGUGGCCAGAGGAGAAUAUGACUUGACAGCUGCUUCUCAGGAGGAGCUUUCUAUGCGAGCUGGAGAGAUGCUCAACCUCGCUCCUAAAGAGCUACAGCCCCGUGUGCGUGGCUGGCUCCUGGCCAGUGUGGACGGUGAGACCACAUGCUCGUCCCAGCCAACUACGUUAAGAUCCUCAGCAAGAGAAGAGACCGCCGGGCCACAGAUAUGAGAGGCUCGCUCAGGCCCAGCAGGCAAACACGCAGGCACCCCAAACAACCUCGUCUGCACAAAUACCCUAAUCUGUGCCUCUCCUGCAGCCCAUAAACGUACAGCAUCUACCCACAUCAUGUACAGUACUUGAAUGAUCCAUCUCGUCUUUCAGCUCAGUCUCGUCAGAUUCAUUAGGCUCAGCUGUGUCCCCCUCCUGUGUGCAGUUUCCUCGUUUCCCUCUGUGUGUAUUUAUAGUAGUGAUGGCCAAACAAAGCUUUCUGAAGCAUUGAAGCUUGUGUUGAAAAACGAUUCAUUACUGGAAGCUUUUUAACACAGUCCUCUCUGGUGACAUCUGGUGGUCAAAAAUAUGAAGAGCAGCUUGAAUCUACAAAAAAACUGAACUGCGUCAUUAUGAUUGCCCACUCUACACAGUGGAAUUCACAAUUCACAAUUGGACAUCACUGAUCACGUGAC